AUGAAUAGACAUAUUCGAUCAGGGUCUGAAAAUAGGGUUUGGUUAAUUGAUUAAAAAACAGGGAGUACAAGUUUAAGAACAUCGGCAUCUCGUAUACGUUUGGGAAAUGCUAAUUCCUAGCCGUCAAUCCGAUAAUAUUAUAGUGGUUAAGUAAUGCAUAUUAAUAUGAAGUACUUUUAUGAUAAGCACAAAUCUUAUAAUAAGGACAUUUCAAAAGUGUUUAAUAAAUUUAAUAGAUUGAAUCUUUAACCUUAAUAGCAUAGUUUACAAAAUCUCACUUAGGAUCAUUAUGUAACAAGAAUAAUCCCAGUUUCUCCAAGUCAAACAUUGUUUUUAGAUUAAGCACUACCAGUAAAGGCAAACUCAAGCAAAAUGUCUCAUCGUAAAGUGAACUCGUUGCUAACUGUAUUAUUAUUUGUCUUAUAUUGUUAAGUUUACACAAAAAUAAAAGCUCAAAAAUGCAGGAUCCUUAUAAAACAUAAAAUUAAAGGAAAGAUUAGUUUUGAUAGUUUUAAAUCACAACCUGACUAAGUACAAUUUUAUAAUAAACAUUGAUGCAAAUCAAUAGAUAAUUUAAGAUAUUGCUACUUUAAUAUACCUAUUCCAUUACAAAGAAGUUCAUAAAGGGAAGCUGAAUUAUUACUCCAUUAAGUAGGUAAGGAAUUGUUGGAUCAAUUAAAGUUGGGAUAAAUAGAGUUGUAUUUUUAUUCUAAAGUAAAAUUGUAAUUAAUUUAGAAAGGAGAGCCUUUGACAUCCUUGUUUGAUUGCCAACACCAUAAAACGAUAAUAGUAUCCCCAACGAAACAAUUUAAUGGCAUAGCUGAGGCUAACAAAGUCUUAGAGUAUUUGGAUCAAUUGGAAUGUGUCUUAAAGGAUCAGCUGAUUGGAGAAUAGAAAUCUGAGAGUUUGGAGACAUUUAUAAGCAAGAAAUACCAAAGAAACAUUUAAAAUAUAGCAGAUUAUUUGCAAUAGCAAGACGAUAAGGUUUCUAAUUUUAGGUUGAAUUCUUAAGAAGCUGAAAGUUUAUACAAAAGAUGCAAAUUAAAAGCUUAAAAAAAGUUAAAUUUAGAUGAUAUAUUAUAAAAAAAAUUUAAUGACAUCAAGUAAACACCCUUAACUGAAAAAUAUCAAAAUUAAGAUGAAUACUUAAAUGAUGAUGAAUAAAUUACAAUAGAACCAAGACAAUUAGAAAAUGAACAUAUUAUUAGGUAAUAUAGUCGAGAAUUGUAAAUCCUAUAAAAAACUAUAAUAUAAAAUCAUGAUCCAGAUGCUGUUGCUCAAAGUAAUGUUUAUUUAUACUUUUAAGUGGUGCUACUUGGGGGAAAACUAGUGAAAUAUGAGGACCCAUAAUAUCAUGAGUAGCACUUAGAUAAAUUGCAGUAAUAUAUAGGAAAUAAGAAGGAGAAUCAGAACACUUAUGAGAUCCAAUUUGCAAAGAGUGCACAAACGAGCAAAAAUAAAUAUCAACAUAUCAAGACUAAAAAGUAGAUCCUCCAAACCCUUUAAAAGAGGCAGAAGCUAUUAUUUACUUAAAACAUACCUCAAUUGAUAUAGGAAACAAAGCUAAACCGAAGAGAGUUAUAUUAGACAUUUAUAUUAUAUUAAGCCUUGGAAGCUGUAUCAAGUUAAAUGGAGGAUGCUUAUGUGAUUGGAGAGGGAGUGAGUUUUGAAGCGUUUCGAAAUGGAAUCUAUUAGGUUUCAAUGCAGCCGACUGAUUUGGCAAAAUAAAUGUUUUAAUAGAUUGAUUACAAUUUUUCAGGGUAUUUGAAUUGGAGAGAAUUUUUGAAUCUAAUGGUGGCCAUUAGAGCGAAGACUUUGAUGGAUAGAGUCAAUUUAUUCAUCAAGAUUGCAGAUAAAGAUGGGAAUAGAGCAUUAUCUUAUGAUGAAGUGCACAAUUUAACUAGGAUAUGUUUAAGUAAAUAUAUAAAAGUAAUAAAUUGUAAAAUGAAAUUAGGAUGAUUGUCAAUUAUUAGAUUUGUUAUGCGAUUAUUUUACAAAAUUAAUCUUUGAAACAUUAGAAGUUGAUAAAAAUGAUGACAUACCUUUGGAAAAGAUUAAAUAAACAAUUUUGGAUGGUGGAGAGAAUUGUUAACUAUUAAGUAUGUUCUGUGGAGCUGAUCUAUGA